AUGCUGUGUGCCGUGAAUAGUGAAGUGGUGUUGAGAAGUUUAGGUUUGAAAUUUUGGUGUGUCCAGCUUCCGAAGAAAAGGGUCCAGCAAAUUUGCCGAAUUGCUUCUCAAUGCAGCGACCAGCAAGCAAGGCUGCACACGAGCCAUCCUCCGAACCAACACUUCGGACACCAACACUUGUCUCGUUCGUUGACCAUCGUCGUCCAUCGAGAAGUUUCGAACUGCCUCAUCCACAAAGCUGAACGACAACAGCUCCUCCUUGACGCUAUACUUCCGUCCCGACCGCUCCCAAGAGGUUCACACUCGUUCGCAACGAUGGCUUCCAAGGGUCAACAGGUGGACUUGAUGUCCUUGGAUGUUCAACAGCUUCUCGAGGUCAAAAAGCAGCUCGAAACAGAGGUGCAACACCUAACAUCAUCCUUCGGACAGCUCAAGGCGGCACAGGCCAAGUUCAGAAGCUGCAUCGAAAGCGUCGCUUCCGUCAAGCCCGAGAAUAAAGACAAGACAACACUGAUCCCAUUGACAUCGUCGCUCUACGUCCCCGGGAAGCUUGCCGACCUUGAUAAUGUGAUCGUCGACGUGGGAACUGGCUACUUUGUCGAGAAGUCGACGUCGGAUGCCACCAAGAUGUACCAGGAAAAGGUAGAAUUCCUGACCAAGAACCUGGAACAAUUGCAAGAGACGGUGCUCCGACAGCAGGAGAAUCUGCAGACCACUGUCGAAAUGAUCCGCAUGCCUGAUGGCGAAUCUACGCUGACACUCUCUGCAUCGACCCAUGUGCAGACACCAAUGAGCGACCUCGGCAGCGGCGACGUCGCGAUGGGCCUGCGGCUGCCAGUGCUUCGGAUGUAG